GUUGUUGGGUGGUGGCAGGAUCUUUCAUUAUUUUUGUGUAGCGUCAUCGCCGAUCUGUUCGACUACAUGUAAUAGCACUGCUCUGUUCUGGUUGUUUUCUUGUGUGACCAAUUACAAUUAGAUAAGUCCACUCCACUCCAUGUACAAGCAAUUGCAACAAUAGAAGUGAGGUCAGGUCAGGUCAAGUCUAUCAUACAGGCUAGCUAUCAUAGGAAUUGACUUGUGAUUGUAUCCCUGUGGUCUUCUAUAAUUCUAAACGGUGCCUAAGGAAAGAAGCAUCGCCACGAUCACUUUUUUCGCACAAAGUACGAUACGCAAUCGACCUCGAUAGUUCAAGCUUGUGUUCAGUACGGACGGCAUCACCAUGAGCGACAGCAACGGCGUCAUUUUUCCAGAAGACGUCCCAGACGAUGACGUUGAUCCCGUUGCGCCUGAAGCUGCUCAAGAUUCAGAGGAAGACGAAGAAUUGGCUCCAGUCAAGUUUCCGGAAGACAUUAACGACGACGAAGAAGAAAACGACGACGAGCAAUGGGACGACGAAGAUCAGGAAAACGGCGGCGGUGACGACGAGGAAGAUUGGCAAGAUGCAGAAGAAGGCGGAGAGCAAGAUCAGGACGAAGAUUGGCAAGAUUCAGGAGAUGAUCCGCCAGAGUCUGAUGAUCUAGCAGCAGAACAAGCUCAGAACAAUGACAAUGACAACGACGAGGACAACGGCGAGGACGAGGACAACGACGAAGACUGGAACGAUGAUUCUGCAGCCAAUCAGGACGAGCAAGAUUGGAAUGACGAGCAAGAAGAGACUCAAGAUCAGGAACCAGAAAACCAAGAUGAAAGCUGGAAUGACGAGGAUGACCAACAGCAAGCUCAGGACGCAGAUGAAGCUCAGGUGGAGCAAGAUGAAAGCUGGAAUGAUGAACAGGAACCAGAACAAUCCAAUGAAGAUCAGGAUGAAGAUCAGGAUCAGGAUGAAUCGGAAGAUCAGGAAGAAGAAUCUCCCACCAACGACCCGUCAGAACAACCUGAAGAAGACCCAUCUGUAUUUGGACAUAUCGUUAACAAUUUCGUAUCGGAUCAAGAAGACGAAGACGACAAUUCAUCCGACAGCCCUGAAGGGGGGGAAGAAGAACACGACGACAAUACCGGUAGCGAACAGGAGGAUAGAGCGGCUGCUUCAUUGCCCGUAGAAGAUGUUCAUGUCGAGGACGAAGCAGAAAUUGAUGCCACAUCUGAACAUUCUCAAGAACCAGACGAUAAUUCUCGAGAUGAUUCAAAAGAAGACGAUUUCGUAGAAAAUGAACCAGAGGAUACCUUUCAAGACGAGGACGCACUCGAGGGGGAAGAAGAAGAUUUCCAGGACGAAGAAGAUGAAGAUAAUGGUGACAAUGGCAACAAAGCUGCCGCUGUGGGAGCCGCAGCAGCUGUUGGAACUGCGGCCGCUGUGGCUGCUGCCAAGGAGGGCGACGAUGACAGUGAUGAUGAUGACAAACAAGAGGAAGAAUUGGAAGGCGCCGAAGACAAACCCUUGCUGGGAGAAGACGGUGAAAAUAGUGUAGAAGAUCCGCUCGCAGACCCCGAACAACCAGGAGAAGACGAGGAGGAUAUUGAAAAAGAGCAAGAGGAAGCGGAACAAGAGGAGGAGAAAAAGGGAGGUUUCUGUGGCUUUUGCAGAAAUUGUUGUUUGGGCUGCAGUACGGCCAUCUUGGCACUGGGGACAGUCGGAAUUGCUCUCGCAUGCUGCCUCCUUUGUGCCGCCAUUAUUCUCCCGAUUCUGCUCAUUGUAUGGCUCGUCGGGGGCUUUAGUAGUGGCGACGACAGCGCAGAUGUACCCUCGCCCGCACCCACCGCAAACAAAGAUAUCCCAUCGACGGAAUAUAUUUUGCCACUUCCCGAGGAAACCAUUGCUGCCAUUGAGGCCGAUCCAAAUUCUCCACAGGCACAGGCGUAUGAUUGGCUCAAGGAAGAUCCAGCAGUUGACGAUUACUCCGAUGAACGAAAGAUGCAACGAUUCGCAUUGGCAAGCAUGUUCAAUGCACUGCAAGGAGAUGAAUGGAGCAAUAACGAAAAUUGGUUGUCUACAGACCCAGAAGUAUCGGAGUGUCAGUGGUGGUUCAACACCACAGCAUUUGCCAAACGUAACAACCUCACUGCCGACGAAUGGAAUGUUUGCCAGUCGGUCGAACUGGAAGAGACAUCAGAAGGAGAACAAGCUACAGCAACCCAACGGAGCAGCAAUAUCUUUGAUCAUCAAAACCAGGGCAAGAUUCCAAUCCAAAGAGGUCUCCGUUCCUCCCAAGGGAAUGCACAAGGACAAAGACAACAGCUAAAAUCAUCCAGAUCUCUGCUACGCCGACAAUUGCAAAAAGCUGACGUAUCCUCCAAUCCACAAAUUCAACACUUUCUCCUUUCGGAAAACGGCAUGAAUGGCAGUAUCCCCCCAGAGCUUGCCUUCUUGUCAAGGCUCGUCGUCAUUGACAUGUCCAAAAACGAUCUUUCGAAAGGAGUCAUCCCCAGUCAAGUUGGGACUUUGGGAAGUACCCUAAAAGAACUGUACUUGCAGGAGACCAAAUUGGAGGGAUCCAUUCCAACCGAGGUUGGAGAUCUCACAACGCUAGAGUUCCUUGUGGCGCACACGGAUUCCUUGUCUGGAUCGAUCGUUUCGGAAAUUGGAUUGAUGCAAAACCUAAAAUUUUUGGAGCUGUCCAAGAACCAACUUACUGGGAGCAUCCCAAGUGAGAUCGGAUUGCUGACCAAUCUUGAAUCACUGUCCUUGGCUGAAAACCGAUUGAGUGGCACGAUUCCCGUGGAGAUUGCAGAUUUGAUUGUGAACCAUUCCCUGAAGGAAAUUGCCAUCUACUUGAAUGACUUCACAGGCUUCAUUCCAAGCGAACUGUGUGCGGUGCUCGGUAUUCCUUGUAGAACGAGUAGACAAAAGUUAUGUGGUUGCGACUGCGUGUGUACAGAUCCUCCAAGCCCCACGGCUACUCCGAGCGGAAACAUCACAGCAAAUGUCACCAGGCCGCCAACUUUGGAAGGAGGAGGAGAUGUAGUGGAUGGAAACGCCACUGGUUUCCCUCAGCCACCAUUCAAGCCAGGCUCUCCGACGGCGGCUCCGGCUGGUGUACCCUCAGAACCCACAGCAGUGCCCCAACCAUCAGCACCACAACCCACUGCAACACCCGGAGAUGGUGAUACACUUGCUCCGUCUGCAGGAACCACUCCUGGGGUUCCCUCGGCUGGAGGCACUCCCGAACCAGCAACACAAUCACCUUCCCUCGGACCGGGCGUUGGCACUCAAAUUCCCCGGCCCACCGUAGUCCCUAAUAGCACUUUAGCUCCCACAGUUUUGGGACUUGGAACUCAGAAUCCUCGGCCCACAGGCCCUGGCGAGACAUUUGCUCCGACGAUCCCAGGAGCGACGUUACCACCUGGAACCACCUUCCCACCUGGGACUACACUCCCUCCUGGGGCAACCGCAUCUCCCGGCGCCUCUCUGAUGCCGACGGUUCCAGGAGCGACGUUCCUUCCGGGGACAACUGCGCCUCCUGCGUCGGGAGCAACAUCAUCUCCAGACGCAACAAUGAGUCCCACUCUUUUAGGUGGAUUGUCAAAUGCAACAGGGUCUCCAGGAUUUUCAAAUGCAACUGGAGCCCCUGGAUCCACCGCUUCCCCCGGGUCCACAAAUGCAACUGGAGCUCCCGGGGCGACUUCCUCCCCAGGAACAACAGAUGCCCCAGGGACAACAGGUGCCCCAGGCGCUACACCGUCACCUGGAUCCACUUUGGCUCCAACGACAGCGGGCAUGACUCUGAGUCCAACACUCAGCGUUGGGAAUGAAACAGUGCUGGGGCUCCCCGGAAACGGAAGUGGGACCAUGGGCCCCACCGAUUUCUUGGGAACAGACCCUCCUGGAUCAACCGGAGUUCCAACUGGAAUGGGCGAAACAGUGACAAUGAGCCCAACGGUUGCUGGCGCCGGAAACGAAACCGUAAUGAGUUUACCAGCCGACAACGCUACAGGGGGUAUCAUUCCACCUGUGAGUCAGAAUGCCACGCAAGGCACUGAUGGCGGAGCGAAUGCAACAAAUGCCACGGUGAUAUAGAUAGAAUCACAUGGUUGAUCUAGAGCACUGAAGCUAUGAAGACAAAACUUGAGCUCCCGGGCGCCCUGGUGCGAGAAAAAGUCGUGGGCAACAAUCAUUGAAAGGCUGCCUUUGUUCAUCAGGGCUGUGAGCCUUUCGUAAAAGUGAUAGACCCUCGUGAUAGACUUAGAUAUAGUGCUUCCGCACCCUACGAAGUAGUUUUCAGCAGCGAGGCAGUUAUGGCCCGACUUCACAUGUGU